AUGACAGAUUUGCGAAGAAACCGCUACUCUAUUUCUGCAGGAGUAGGAAAAUCCACGUAUGAUUCUUUUGGACGGUUUUUAAACUCUCCAAGAAGGCCUUUUCCUAGCAAAUUUGACAGCGAAAAUGAACGGACGGGAUUUGAUUUCCCUUGGACGCCUUACGGUCUGGAUUGGUUAAAACAAGAAAGCAGUACGAAGGAAUGGGUUGCUGUAGGAAGUUUGAUUGAAGAACCCGCCAACAAGAUUCAAAUUCUUCAAGUAUCGAAUGAGGAAAAUGGAAAGCCUGAAGUGAAGAAGUCGCUUUCAACGGCAAACGAUUUGGAGUAUCCCGUUACCAAAUUGAUGUGGAACCCUCCGUCGUUGAACCCAAACGCUUCUACAAAUUUGUUGGCAUCAACUGACCAAAAACUAAGAAUUUGGAAUGCUCCGAUAGAUUCAGAAAGCACUGGCUCUCUCAAGUGCGAAGCUGCUUUAUCUACGCAAGGGAAGACACAUAGUGGUGCUCCCCUCACGUCGCUCGAUUGGUGUAAAGCAGACCCAUCGCUUAUAAUUGUCAGUAGUUUAGAUACUACGUGCACGGUUUGGGAUGUGGCUGCUCAGCAAUCGAGAACUCAAUUGAUUGCUCAUGACAGAGAGGUCUACGAUGUUGCAUUUAUAAAAGAUAGUAUGCAUGUAUUCGUGAGUGUAGGGGCUGAUGGAAGUGUGCGGAUGUUUGAUUUACGUUCUCUCGACCAUUCGACAAUUAUUUAUGAAGGAGAUAGCAACCAUUGGAAGCGUACGGGAGAUACAGAUGGCAGCGCUGGAAAUGUUUCCAGACCUUUAGUGCGGCUAGCUACAUGUGACGCUGAUGCCAAUCUGAUGGCUACUUUCCAUCAUAAAUCAUCGGACAUACAAAUGAUUGAUAUUCGAACUCCAGGAGUGGCAUACACAAAUUUAAGUAGCCUCCGGGGCGGAGAUGUGAACGCGGUAAGCUGGAUGCCAAAUUCGCGAAGCAAGUUAGCUUCAUGUGGCGAUGAUAGCAUGGUUCAUAUAUGGGACUUGUCACGUCCUUUGAGCACAAGCGGAACACCCGCUCGUCGGGGAUCGAACUCUGUUACGCCAUCUGGUACAACAGCGCCUAUAUCAGAAUAUGGUACACCCGUGCCGACUGCGCAUAGCACGGGUUCGUCGACAGAAAACCGGUUUUCGCCUAUUGGUUCUCGGAAAUUUGAAAGCGAAGUAAACAAUAUAUCUUGGUCCGGAAAGCAAGACUCGAUCGCUGCCUUGUACGGGAAAUCUCUAGAGCUAUUCUCGUUGUAA